UUUCCACGUUUCAGCGGCCGGUUCCAGAGCAGCGGAGAGCGACGCGGCGGACGCACGGAGGAAUCACGACCUGCCUUUCUGCUUUAUUCUCCCAUAACUGUGACUGACAGCUCGUCCGGCGCGCGUCCCCUCCACGGCCGCGGGUUUUCCCACGCUGAUGAAACGCGUCCAUCACUGAGCCAAAGUGACCCAGCACCAGCCCGACGAGGUGGACUUUUUUUUUUUCCUUUUCCUCCUUCCUGCGCCGUCUCCUCUGUCCAGAUCCCCACAGAGCAGAUUUCUGCGAGAUCCAGAGGAAAUUAUCUCCCCGCAGACAUCCAUCUCUCUCCAGUCUGUAGCUGACUCAUUUUGCUGCCCGGGACCAUGGCGGAGUACAGCUCUCUGCUCAGCGACCUGUCUGAAAACAUCACCAACGAGGACUUGGAGCAGCUCAAGUCGGCCUGCAAGGAAGACAUCCCUGAGGACCAGAGCAACAACAUCACCUCCUCCAAGGAGUGGUUCAGCUACCUGGAGAAGAACGACAAGCUGGCUCAGGAUAACCUGUCAUACAUCGAGCACAUCUUUGAGAUCUCACGGCGACCGGACCUGCUGACGAGGGUCAUCGAGUACCGCACCACCGUUCUCAAGAUUUCUGAGGACGACGAGAUCGACACCAAGCUCACGCGCAUCCCCUCGGCCAAGAAGUACAAAGACAUCAUCCGCCAGCCCUCUGAAGAUGAGAUCAUCAAACUGGCCCCGCCCCCUAAGAAAGUGUGAAGUCACUGUGGCCACUCCUGAUCUUUGCACCUUGAUUUCUUCACUCCUGGCACUCCAAUCAACCGACCACCCAUUCCUGACCGACCCCGUCACUCCCCCGCCUCACCCCUCUCACACACACACACUCACCCACCCCCCCACCACCCCCACCCCCACAGUCAGCCACCUACAAAGCAACCAAUCAGAUCGUAGCGAUGCAGCAUCUUCCCGAGCUGAGGGGAGGUGGGAGGAAAAAAGACAUUACGAGAAGAAAUGUGGAGACGGACCGACAGUUUGUGUGUGAAGAGAGAGAGAGAGAGCCAAAGUCUACCCUCGAUUCAGAGUGGGUCAGUUCAGAAUGAGUGUCGUCUGUGAUACUGUGUUUAUGCAAGCAUCCGUGUGUGUGUGUGUGUGUGUGUGUGUGUGUGUGUGUGUGUGUGUCAGUCAAGGUUGUCCAAUUCUAAACAACAUCCACGUGUGAGGAAGCAGGAACUCUCAACCCUGCCUCCACACUGAACAGCAGAAUGAAACGGCAAAGUUUUGUGUUUUCAGAAAUUCUGAAAAAAAAAAAAAGCUCAUUAAGAUGUGUACAGUGACACAUAACUACGACUAACAAAAUCCAAUAGUGCUUCAGUGUCUCUUCUUUUUCACUCACCUUGAACGUGCAAAAUAGCCAAAAUAUCCAAACUAAUCAUCUGCAAACUAUUAAACGACUAUCUGGACAUGAAACUAAACCAUGUAAAUAGGUGUUUUACAUUAUCAAACUAUUUUAAAAGCUGCAUCUGAAGUUAUUAAACAUGUAGAAUAAAGAGAUUCAGCUAAUUAAAUCUGACACGUAUUUCUCCGAGUCAUUCCUGUGACGGAGCUCGUUCAGACGUCCGGCCGUGCUUUUAAUGUGAAAGGAACAGUCCUGACACUCGUGUCAGUCUGUUAGCGGAAGGCUAGCGUUAGCAUAAAGACUGGAGACUGGGGUGAAAGCGUAGUCGAGCGCAGUCUCUCUUUGUGCAUUAAUGAGAUCCUGUAGAGAUUCUGUGGCUUCCUCCCAAAAUCCCCAAAACGUGCACCAAAGGUUCACUGGUGUUUCCCAUUUGGCCUCAAUGUGACCUUCUGCAGGAUGAAACCGGUGCGACUGAUGGAUGUAUGGAUCCCGUCGCCCCUCUUUCUAGUCUUUAUUCAAACACACUGCUUCAUAUUUAUUUUUUCAUCUAAAAAAAAAAGUUCCCCAAAUGUCUACUUUAAAUCUCAUAUAGUUAAUAAUUAUAGUUGAGGAAACAGGACGGAGGGUCCACGUGGAGUCCUUUGACUCUCACAUAGAUGAUUAUAUCGUGUUUCAAGAGCAAAACUAUUUUAGUGGGAGAAAUUUAAUGUUGAUUUUCAUAGAGAGAAAAAAAAAGCCAAUAUUUGCCUUUAGCUAAUAGUCAAGAGUUAUUUAGAAAACAUAUUUAGAAGCUCUAACAGGUGUUCAUGUCCGUAGGUUUAUCACGGGGACCAGUUAGCCUGGACGUCUUUUGUAUGAGCUGGUUAGAGAUGUAAAUACACAAAUAAUAUAUAUAUAUUAUUAAAAACAAAUAAACUAUAGUUGAAAUAAUAUAUUGACCUGCAGUUUGUGCUCCACUGAGACACUCUGACCUUCCACUGUAUGUGCAAACUGUCGCCCUAAUUUUUGUCUAAUCUGAAACUUUUCUCUGUGAACAAAUUGACACGAAAAACAAACUCUGAACUAGAAUAUGUCGGAUGUGUGAAGCUAUCGUGUUAAAAGAAGACCACUAAACUUAAAAUAAUACAUAUAUACAUAUAUAUAACCCUGUUGUUGCCAUUUCAUUUGUUGCACAGAUAAUAACUGACCAUCAUGUGGUUUGUCUCUGAAUGAACGACACAUAAAUGCCUCUAGGGGGACAAAAAACAAGAUCAAAGUGCCGGAUGGUAGAAAAUACGACAAUAAAAGACAUCCUUUAAUAAACUGUACAUAACGCAGAUUGUGACGAUGAUCUCUAAUGCACACGACGGCUCAUAACCUGCUGACUAUGCCAUUCCCGCCAUGCACCAACACAAUAGCUAGCAAGACUGUUGAAACUAAACUAUAAUAAUUGCUCUUUUGAACACUGUGUAUCUUUACUCCCCGCGACGAAGCCUUAGCAAGACUUUGUGUUUACCCCGAAAUUUUCUUUCAGAACUGUGAGAGAUUGUCGCGCGUGAAGCUCAAUCGAAUCGGCUCUCGCUUUUCAGGAGAGCGACGCUACGUUUAUCCAGAAAUCUGCUGAGGACUUGAGUGUUUGGCGUGUGCAGGAUGUCCGUGGUCCGUUUCCGCACCUGUCUGUGUUGUCCUCAGAGCUGUAGGGUCCAACAAACACCAGGCAACCGCAUAGAAAUCUACGACUAGUUAGUGAAGCCGCCCUGCUCCCUCCCCCUCACCACCACCACGCUCCACUCCCACCCCAGUGCCAAUGAGCAAGACUUUGAUUUCGAUCACAGUUUUCGUGAUCUGUUGUUUUGUUUUCUUUUGUAUUGCUCGACGUUAUAUGGUAGUGUUGGACUGAUUUGUACCCUAUGCAUUUAUGUCUGUAGGAAAACUCUGCACUGUAACAUAUCCUCCCAACAAACCACCCAAUCUAAAGAAAUCAGCUCUUUAAUUGUGACAAGUCAGGGUGUUCGACAAGAUCCUUGUGUUCUUGAGUCCAGUUUGCAUGUGCUGGAUGGGGUGGCACCGGAUAGGAGGAACUGAAAGUGUGCCAUUUCAGGAAAGACAAAAAAAAAGAAAAAAAGUGCUCGUUAAUUGUUUGAAACUGGGGAAAAACUUUGUUUGACCAACUAUACUGUACACCUUAUGUUCUGCUCUUGUGCAAGCAAAGUCUUAACUUUAAAUAUUCCUUUAACGCCUGCGAUUGUACGGCGAGGUCUGCAAACACUGGACACCUUCUUUGCAUCCAAUCAAUCAAGGCCAGAUCAAACCUUUUGUAGUACUGUUAAAGGAACAGUCCGCUCUUAAAUACUUUAACACUGUUUUUCUAUCAGCCUGCUCUUCAGGUUUUAACCAUCCACUGUCCACCAAACUGGAAUAUGUCAACACGUACAGGAGAAUUGGUUCACAUGUUCAUGGUCGCCAGGGGAUGAACCCUGAUGACGCUGGCAAAUCCCCGACUUUCAGCCUUUGGAGUGAAAUAUCUCCGAUGGAUCGCCAUGAAAUUUGAGCCUCGCGGCUCCCUCAGGAUGAAUUGUAAUAACUUCGGUGACUCCUCUUACUUUUCAUUUAAUGAAAAACGAAGACAUUCCCAUCAACCUCCGCUCGACUUUUUGUUUAGCACAAAUUAGCAAAUAUGAGUAAUGCUAAGCUAACUAAUUGUUUCUGCUAUUUUUCCACAAUAAUCCACCAGUGUUCUGCCCUGUACAACUAAAGACAAAGGGCUUCUUCUGAACUCAGUCUUUUUGUAGAAUUGCACUAAAUUUACAGGGAGAAGCUCAUUCCUGUUCCUGACGAGCCUCCAUCACUCUCUGACAUGUAAAUCUGGUUUCUGGGGGUCGGGCUCAGAGAAAACUAGAAACAUCUUGAUAUAUGCACUGGUCUCUUCAGACAGAUUCUACACAACAGUGUCAAAGUAUUUCUGGGAGGGUUUUUCCUCAGUGUCCAGACGCGUCCACACUCGGCCAGACCCCAAGUGAAGCGGUGGCUGCCCUCCUCUAGCUUUAGCCUGAUGGACACAAAGCGGGACCGCUGCAUCCAUCACAGAGCUGAACCACAGCUUUUUGUCAGGCAAAAGGAGGCAGUUGUACUUACUGCUAUGACCUGCGGGUAAUGGUCUUUCCCACUGUUAAAGGGAUGCGAUUAUUGGCCACCCAUGUUGGAUUGCCACCCACCGAUUCCCAUGAAGAGCUUUGGUCAUUCUCCAAACCAAAAGCUUUUUCUUUGCAGAUCUUCGCACUGUUGUACAAAAUACGAGCGAGGGAGGACCGGGGCCAUGCGCUUUUCUUUUUAUUUGAAGUGUGUUUUGAAUAGCAGCUUGUGAAGUUAGAUGUAUGUGACCAGGUGACUUUUUUGUUUUCUUAGUUGGCCUCACAUUAGCAGCGGUGUGGUAGUUUGUAGUUUGAAAGUAGUAGUUUAACAAAAAUCCAACCGUUUUAGAUGCUUAAGUUAAAACAUUUCAAGUUAGGGUGUUCACCGUCAGCGUUAGAAAACUGGCCGUGCUUUGCCCUUUUUGUUUUCCUUUUCCUGCUUAUUCGUCUCCUUCCAUGUGGCACAGCUCCUUGGACUUCGUUGCGAGGCAGAUUAUACGUUUGGCUUAGCUCAGCUUUUUCCUCUGUAGCCAUUGGCACAUAAUAUAUCAACAUAUCAGUCACAAAUGAUGUCAAAUUUGGAUUUCCAUGUACCAAGUACAUAUCAACUUAGUAAAUGCUGCAAAAGUAUAAGCCUGCUACAGUACAUCCGUAUUUAUGGUGAGUACAUAAUUCUAACCAGAUGAAGUAGGUGAUGAAGAGGCAGACGCUGUGUGAAGGUAUUCAGCAAGUGAUGUUAACAGUCAAUUAAAUUCAUUCAAACAAGUAACAUUUCCCUUAAGGACAAGACUGUGUUUUUUUGUUUUUGUUUUUUUUUUCAUUUUAUUAGGUUGUAAAUAUGUAUUUUGAAUAUGUAUCACUGUGUUUGUUUUUAAAUUGAUUAAUUUAUUUAAUGCCUAUAUAUUGUUGUUUCUACGCAUCCUGAUUUCGUUUUUACAAACUGGAAACAAAUCAAGGGGAUGAAAACAUUGUGCUUAGUUGACCAUGCAUCAACACUUUUCUAAUACAUGUUAUUCUCUUCAUUUAUUGUUUUUGGCUGUUUCGGCUUCGGGUGAUGGUUUUUACAAAAAAAAAACAACAACAACAAAAAAAGGUGAUAUUCAUUUAACUGUAUUUACUGAUAUGUAACAUAUUCUGUUUUACUGUGUUGUGUUUGAUCAGACGUGUCGUGGUCACUGCUUGUAAAAAAACGAUUUUAUUCAGAGAGUUUCCAAAUCAUGACAAAAGAUAAGAAGCAGUCACAAAUCGUCAAUCUGCCAUUUCGUUCGUAAGAGACGUGUCGUCACUUGCAUGUUGCACCAAGAGCAGGAGGUUACAGGUGUUGUGUCGGUGCAUGUACAAAUUCAACAAGUGUUGACGCCUAAUUUAUGGAAGACGAUGACAGAAAAGAAAUAGACUUUAAUUUUCUGUGACUUUUUUUUUUUUUUUAAAACCAGAAUGUCUAUUUUCUAAUUAUACUGAUGGAAAAAAUGUGUAAACAGGCAACUGACAACCGGAACAAUAAGCAGUCACAAUAAUUUCUGUGGAGAGCGAAAGUGUUCGAUAUUGAACACAUUAAUGCGUAAUUAUAAAAUCAA